AUGCAAACACCAAAUGGAGAGUAUUUUAUGAAUGAUCCGAGCAUGUUGGCGUAUAUGCAACAAGCAGCGCUUCUCCAAUAUCCUUCGAAAAAUAUGUUCUCUCAUGGUUUGUUCGAAAAAUUUUAGGACAUUUUUGAACUUUUGAUUUUGUUUUCAGCCGCGCAACUCCAACAACUUCUCAUGGCACCCCAAUCUUUGCCAGCUACACAACAACAACAAUUGAGAAUUGCGGCGGCGAUGCCAGAUUUCGAAAAAUCGAUGAAUGAUACAAUUGUGACUGGAUCGGCUAAUUAUCGCGCUAGUCUCAAAAAUUCUACAUCUUCUAUCAGCGAGGUAAGAAUUCUGAUCAAGUGAAGAUAUUCGAAUACAAGUUUCUUUUCAGAAAUCGCAACAAUUUACGCGGAGAAAUUCGCCAACCUGGGAAACUCUCACUGACGACGAGCGCGAUUUAGUUCAACGUCAAAAGAGAAAAGAGGAAGCCUUCAAGACAGCUCUUUGUGAAGCGCAUAAAAAGACUGGCGUUUGUCCAUAUGGAAAUGGUUGUCGAUUUGCGCACGGUGAAAACGAACUUCGAAUGCCAUCACAACCUCGCGGAAAAGCUCAUCCGAAAUAUAAAACACAAUUGUGUGAUAAAUAUUCGACUUUCGGUCAUUGUCCAUAUGGUUCAAGAUGUCAAUUCAUUCACAAACUCAAAAAAGGUCUACCAUUGCUCGAAUAUAAUCGUGCUCUUGCUCAAGGCGCAAUUUCUCCAGCUCGUUCUGAUGAAGUGACGAAUCAAGAUGACUCUGAUCAAAGUAUCAAAGCUUUGACUCAUGUUAUUCAACGUGGCAAACGAUCUAGUCACGAUUUAUCAGAUGAUGGAGGAAAUUCUUGCCGUCGUGUAUUGUUAAAUUCCGAAGAGGUCACGAAACAAGAAAAAGUUAUCUAUCCACCAAUGCAAGUUAUCAAUAUCGAAAUGGCUACUGGACGGGUUUCCAAAAAAUAUCGUCCAUCAAAAAUCUUUGAAUCUUCUCAAUCCGAUUAUGAAACCGUCGUAAUUGAUGGAAAUCUGUUUGAUCCGGAAAACAGUCGAACAUUCAGCACAUUGGCUCGCGCUGCUCGUGAUGAAAAUUCCAAGAAAAUUGGCAAAAAGAAUGUUCCGAUGAGAAAGGUGAGGAAAUUUUUCAAAAAUGAAAAAUUACCCCUGUAAAAUUAUAUUUUUGCAGGAACUCUCACUGAUUAGCGAAGAAGAAUCAAUGACCGAAACAAGGCACACAAUUUCCACAAAAGUUGAAGAACCACAAAACAACGAAAACGCGCCGUGGUAUGAGAAAAUUUUCGGAAAGAAGAUGACUGUUAUUCGAGAAGAAUCGGUGUAUGAGGACUCAACUCUUCAGGUAAAUAUUUUUGAGUUCAAAUUGUUCAUCAAAAGUUCGUUUUCUCUUUCUAGCAUGAAAUGACUGGAAGCCGUGAAUAUAGCGAAUCCGAAACUCGCCACAAUUGA